AAAUGGGAUCCAUUAAUGAAGCGCGUAAGCUGGCCGCCUUUAGAAAAUUUUGUCGAAAGCGGGCGCCAGAGAGACAGAGACGGAGAUUAUAAAGUGGGGAGUAGCUUCUGGUCUACCUUCAUCCACGAGCUGAGCAGUCUGCAACAAGGGAGUUUGGAAAUGCCUCGCCUUUUCGUCUUCCUUUUGUUCUCCCUCUCCAUCACCGUCGCCUCUGCUUCCAGGUGGCGAUGCCUUCCCGAAGAUGCGCAGGUUGUGAACGAGAUCUUCGCCGCCCUCAACCGGACGACCUUCACCGGUGACUGCUGCCACCUAUUCAGCAUGAUCCAGUGCAAUCCAAACACCAGCAGCGUGACGAGCUUCAGCCUCUUCGGCGAUGACUUUAAUGGCCCGAUUCCGGCAGCCAUCGCCAAGUUCCCCAAUUUGCAGUUUCUCAGCAUCCAUAAGAUGCCGAAUCUUCAUGGAGGAAUCCCACCAUCCUUCGCCAGCCUCACCAAGCUCACCUACUUUCGCAUCACCUGGACGAACGUCUCCGGCCCCAUACCAAGUUGGUUGAAUCGACUGACCAACCUGGGGGGUUUGGACCUGUCCUACAACCAGUUCAGUGGCUCCAUUCCCCCAACCCUUGCUGAUCUUCCCAGUCUCACAUGGCUGCAUUUGGACCGCAACAAGCUGACCGGUCCCAUACCCGAGUCCUUCGGCCAGUUCCGAGGCGCCAACCCUUCGAUCUUCCUCUCUCACAAUAGCCUUUCCGGCCCCAUACCCAAGUCUCUUGGCCGUGUCGAUUUCUCCACCAUCGAUCUCGAUAGGAAUCUGCUAGUCGGCGACCCAUCUCACCUCUUCAACAAUCGAUCCAAGUCACUGAGCACCUUGAUUCUCUCCCGGAAUCUCUUCGAUUUCGACCUGACCGGUGUCACCUUCCCGUCCGGCUUGCAGAUCUUGGAUUUCUCACAUAACAUGAUAGGGGGAAGCAUCCCCACGGAAAUUACGAGCCUCGCUAACCUGCAGCAGUUCAACGUGAGCUACAACAGGCUGUGCGGGAGGAUCCCCCAAGGUGGGAACAUGCAGAAGUUCGAUAGUUCGUCCUAUAUGCACAACCGCUGCCUCUGUGGACCGCCGCUCUCUGCUAAAUUAUGUUGAAAUCUGUUUUACUCAACCCUCUGAGCUUGCCCACUCAAUAAAUGCAGCUCUGUUUUCUCUGGUUUGGUUAACUUAAGAAUAGCAUUUCGGAAAUUAAUUCCGUGUAAGUUCGGAAAAUCGUGUUUUCUCUUCUGGGAUGUCGAAGAAAUCACUUAAACGAUGUAUGUAUAUCACGACAUUAUUUUGUCA